AUGGCAACAUUGAACUUUGUGUUGAGGAAUAGCACCGGCUCUAACACGGUCUACGCCUAUAUCACCGGCCAAGCGCUUGAUAAUAACAACGCGCUUUUCCUGUUGCAAUCUGAUGGCAGGACACCCUAUUACCCUACCUCGCCGUCGGCUACCUUGACCAGCCUGAGCUGUGAUUGUGCAAUCCCGCUAGGUGCACCUGGAAGUUCUACGAUCAUCACUGUUCCGCACCUCGCAGGCGCGCGACUGUGGUUCUCGCAAGACGCGAAAUUGACCUUCUAUCUAAAUCCCGGCCCUGCGCUGGUCGAGCCUUCAGUAUCUAACCCAACAGACUCCAACUACAAUUUGACAUGGGCAUUCUGCGAAUUCACUUGGAACAACUACCAGCUCUACGCAAACCUCAGCUAUGUGGACUUCGUGUCCAUGCCCAUCGGCAUGACGCUAACCAACAAAUCCGGAGCAAGUCAAACCGUUCAGGGCAUGCCAGCCAACGGCCUCGACCAAGUCUGUAAUGCUCUCAAGGAGCAGCAGAGCAAAGACCAUGCCGGCUGGGAUCAGCUCGUAGUCCAGCGAAAUGGCGUCAACCUUCGGGCCCUGUCUCCAAACACCGGAAGAACUCUGAACAACUCCUUGUUUAAUGGGUACUACGACGACUAUGUGAACCAAGUUUAUUCUUUCUAUGAGAGCAGCACCACCAAUCUUCUGACGGUCAACACACAAGCUGAUGCUGGUGAUGUCACCGCCAAAGUUGCUUACGAUAUAAUGUACUUCUCGAUUCCGGGUAUCUCUUACCCGAAGCCGUCUACUGCGGAUAUCUUCAGCAACAGCAGUGGCGCCUUUGCGGUCUCUGGGAAUGGAACCAAGGACGCAAUCACCGCUCGUCUGGCGGCUGCUUUCAAUCGCUCGACCCUGUUGUUGAACGGUAGUCAGCCAAACGGAGAAAAUGUCUCCAAUUACUACCAGAACCCUGUGACGAACCACUACUCACGCAUCUGUCAUGCCGUGAGCCUUGAUACCCGGGGAUACGCAUUUCCCUAUGAUGAUGUUGCGCCUAACGGUGGUCCCGACCAAUCGGGCAGUGUUUAUGAUUCCAACCCGCAGCUCUUGACCGUCACUAUUGGCGGAGGCCCCAAUCAUUCGGUCAAGCCCUCUGUCGUUGCGGAAAGUGCUGUGCCAGCCCAGCCACCCCCGUUGAACUUACACACCAAGCCUAAUGCAAGCAAGCCGGGCCGGUUCCAUGAGUUCAAAAGGCUUAUGAAUAAGUUCUCGCACCACAAGUAG